CUGACAGACCUCUCAGGGAAAGAGAUAAGAGAACUGGCAGUUAGUUUCUGCAGUGAGCUGUGAAUCUCCCAAACUCCAUGCCCUCUUGGACCUCAGCUGCCUCACUUAUCCACGCAAGGGAACAACAGUUAAACCUCAAUGUGCAAUGUCCCUUUCGGCAAAGGGGGUUCGCUGUCCCCCGUGCCCGCCACUCACGGGGGCAGGGGGGACCUGCGUGCCACUCCCUGGCUCUCCUAGUGGUCCUUCCGCGCUGGGUCGGCUGACCCGCGCCCACACUGCUCACCGAAGCCCGCCUGGCGCUAACUAAUGUUUAACUCGGGCCGAAACUUGGCGGCGAGCUCAGGGUGACUGCGUGCAGAGCAGCGGCGCAGGACGUCAGUCUCCGCGGUGACUUCUGUCUGCGCUCAAGCUUCAGAGUUCAGUUUCAAGGAGCCGCCCGACCAUGAAGACACCGUGGAAGGUUCUUCUGGGACUGCUUGGUGUCGCUGCGCUUGUCACCGUCAUCACCGUGCCAGUGGUUCUGCUGAACAAAGAUGAAGCGGCAGCUGAUAGCCGCAGAACUUAUUCACUAACUGACUAUUUAAAGACUACCUUUUGGAUCAAGUCCUACUCCUUGCGGUGGGUUUCAGAUUUUGAAUACCUCUACAAACAAGAAAACAAUAUCUUGCUAUUCAAUGCUGAACAUGGAAACAGUUCCAUUCUCUUGGAGAACAGUACCCUUGAAAGCUUUGGAGUAACUGAUUAUUCAGUGUCACCCGAUCGACUGUUCGUUCUCUUAGAAUACAACUAUGUGAAGCAAUGGAGACACUCCUACACAGCUUCAUACAUUAUUUACGACUUGAGUAAAAGAGAGUUGAUCACCGAAGAGAAGAUUCCAAAUAAUACACAGUGGAUUGCAUGGUCACAAGAAGGUCAUAAAUUGGCAUAUGUCUGGAAGAAUGAUAUUUACGUUAAAAUUGAACCACAUUUACCUAGUCUUAGGAUCACAGCAACAGGAGAAGAAAAUGUAAUAUAUAAUGGAAUAAAUGACUGGGUUUAUGAAGAGGAAAUCUUCGGUGCCUACUCGGCACUGUGGUGGUCUCCAAACAGCACUUUUCUAGCUUAUGCCCAGUUCAAUGACACAGGAGUGCCACUCAUUGAAUACUCCUUCUAUUCUGAUGAGUCACUGCAGUACCCCAAGACAGUGUGGAUUCCAUACCCAAAGGCAGGAGCUGUGAAUCCAACUGUAAAGUUCUUUAUUGUAAAUACAGACUCUCUCAGCUCAACCACAAGUACGGCUCCCGUCCAAAUCACUGCUCCUGAAUCUGUGGCAACAGGGGAUCACUACUUAUGUGAUGUGGUGUGGGUUACAGAAGAAAGAAUUUCCUUGCAGUGGCUCAGGAGGAUUCAGAACUAUUCCGUGAUGGCUAUCUGUGACUAUGAUAAGGCCAACCUAACUUGGAACUGUCCAUCGGCACAGCAGCAUGUUGAAAUGAGUACCACAGGCUGGGUUGGAAGAUUUAGGCCUGCAGAACCCCACUUCACCUCUGAUGGAGGCAGCUUCUACAAGAUCACCAGCGACAAAGAUGGCUACAAACACAUCUGCCACAUCCCGAAAGAUAAGAAAGACUGUACAUUUAUUACAAAAGGAGCCUGGGAAGUCAUUAGUAUCGAAGCUCUGACCAGCGAUUAUCUAUACUACAUUAGUAAUGAAUAUAAAGAAAUGCCAGGAGGAAGAAAUCUUUAUAAAAUCCAACUUACUGACCACACCAAUGUGAAGUGUCUUAGUUGUGACCUGAAUCCAGAAAGAUGUCAGUAUUAUUCGGUGUCAUUUAGUAAAGAUGCAACGUACUAUCAGCUGGGAUGUUGGGGCCCUGGUCUGCCACUCCACACUCUGCAUCGCAGCACCGACCAUAAAGAGCUACGAGUCCUGGAAGACAAUUCUGCUUUGGAUAAAAUGCUCCAGGAUGUUCAAAUGCCUUCAAAAAAAUUGGACUUCAUUGUUUUGAAUGGAACAAGGUUUUGGUAUCAAAUGAUCUUGCCUCCUCAUUUUGAUAAAUCCAAGAAAUAUCCUCUACUGUUAGACGUAUAUGCAGGACCCUGUAGUCAAAAAGCAGAGCCUUCUUUCAGACUGAACUGGGCCACUUACCUUGCAAGCACAGAAAAGAUCAUAGUAGCUAGCUUUGACGGCAGAGGAAGUGGUUACCAAGGAGAUAAGAUCAUGCAUGCGAUCAACAGAAGACUGGGAACGUUGGAAGUUGAAGAUCAAAUUGAAGCAGCCAGGCAAUUUUUAAAAAUGGGAUUUGUGGACAGCAAGCGAGUUGCGAUUUGGGGCUGGUCAUAUGGAGGGUACGUAACCUCAAUGGUCCUGGGAUCUGGAAGUGGCGUGUUCAAGUGUGGAAUAGCCGUGGCACCCGUGUCACGGUGGGAGUACUAUGACUCAGUGUACACAGAGCGUUACAUGGGUCUCCCAACUCCAGAAGACAACCUUGACCAUUACAGGAACUCAACAGUCAUGAGCAGAGCUGAAAAUUUUAAACAAGUUGAGUACCUCCUUAUUCACGGAACGGCAGAUGAUAAUGUUCACUUUCAGCAAUCAGCUCAGAUCUCCAAAGCCCUGGUGGAUGCUGGUGUGGAUUUCCAAGCAAUGUGGUACACGGACGAAGACCAUGGGAUCGCUAGCAACACAGCUCACCAGCACAUCUAUUCCCACAUGAGCCACUUCCUCCAGCAGUGCUUCUCCUUACACUAGCACAGGCCAGUUAUCCACAACUUAUUUAAGAACACGUUUGUUCUCAUUAUCUCAAAGCUGCACUGUUAAGAUGACGAUCUUAAUAAUGUGGCAUCGAGAAAUUUCAGGCUACUUUCCAGUUUUAUACCUGCUGUCUUAACUACGGAUGCCUGUCUCCAGAACAGAUUAUUACCUUACAGCAAUUUGGAUUUUCCCCUCUGUUUUGUUUAUCAUUUAAAAUCAUUUCCACAUCAGCUGCUGAAACAACAAAUAUAAAUUAGUUUUACAAGAGCUAUGCAUAGAUUUCCUGAGCAGAAUUUCAAUUUUUUUUCCUUACUAGACUAGUCCAAAUCUUCUUUCCUUAUUUAAGGGGGUGACAAGAUGUGGGUGAUGAUGUCAUUAGGGCAGCAACAAGAGAAGAGGGAACAGGGAGUAUGGCUAGAAACCCAGGUCCAAGCAUACAAACCCAACUACUGUCAGCUCGCCUCAAGAAGAGCUGUUCACUGCCAGACUGGCACAGUUUUCCGAGAAAGACUAUUCAAACAGUCUCAGGAAAUCAUAUAUGCAAAGCACUGACUUCUAAGUAAAACCACAGCAGUUGAAUAGACUCCAAAGAAAUGUAAGGGAAGCUGCCAGCAAUGUAAGGGCCCCAGGUGCCAGUUAUGGCUAUAGGUGCUACAAAAACACAGCAAGGGUGACGGGAAAGCAUUGUAAAUGUGCUUUUAAAAAAUUACUGAUGUCUUCUAGUGAGAAGAGGCAGCUUGGAACAUAUCGACUUGCCCUGUUAAAAGUUGAAAAUAUUUGUGUCACAAAUUCUAACAUGAAGGAAUACUUGCGUCAGUUUUUUCUUGACUUCAUUUCUUUGAACAUUUUAAUUAAAAUAGUUUAACUUCAUUAGCUUUUUUUAAUGGAAAAUUAAA